AUGGUUGAUGCAACGAACACAACUACAGAAAAAUAUGCUGCUCUCGGGGCGCAAGUUGAUUUUUGGAUGCAUCCAUAUCCACCUGUGCCUUGUGAAGGUCAGGAAGUGCAACAUCAUGAUUGUCCAUUUUUUGAAUGUGGGCAGCUAAAUUGUGUAUGUGAAUAUCAUGUAACAAAAUUUGAUAAACCAUGGAAUGAAUAUAUGAAAAAAAGUUUAACAUUCACGGAACGUGGUUCAUUUAAAAGUACAUAUUCUCGUGGUGGUAAAAAGCGAUGGCCAAAGGCUAUAAAACAACACGAUGAUGAAUAUUUCGUCAAGCCACCUGAAGAAUCAGAUGACGAUUCAGAUGAUGAUACUCUCUCUACGUUUCGUGAUAUCCCGUUUUUUAUGAAUCAUGAACGUGAUUUUCUUCGACGUCAACGUGAACGUACAUUGUCAGAUUCGGACAGCAAAGGUAGUAGUGUAGAAAGCAUUACUGAUAAAGAAUCAGCAUCAUCAUCAUCAUCAUCAUCAUCAUCAACAGCAACAAAUGAAGAGGAAACUGUUGAAACAAUGUCUACAGCAACCAAUGGUACAGAUGAUGAAACAAUGUCUACAGCAACCAAUGAUACAGAUGAUGAAACCAUGUGGAUGACGGAAGAAGAAGAAGUUUCAAAUAACCGCGAAAAAUCAAUUGAAUAUGUAUAUAAUUAUUAA